CAUAUCACUAACCAAAAAACAAAACAAAAAAUGGGUUUCAUUGUUAAGCCCCCGGUUUACCCUCCGACCAAAGCUCCGGUUAAGCCUCCGGUUUCUCCUCCGACGAAGCCACCAGUUACGCCACCGGUUUACCCGCCUAAGUUCAACCGUAGUCUAGUCGCCGUUCGUGGUACGGUUUACUGCAAAAGCUGUAAAUACGCUGCUUUCAACACACUCUUAGGCGCUAAACCCAUCGAAGGUGCUACUGUGAAACUAGUGUGUAAGAGCAAGAAGAACAUAACAUCGGAGACGACGACAGACAAGAACGGAUACUUCUUGUUGUUGGCUCCUAAGACGGUGACGAACUUCGGUUUCAGAGGAUGUCGUGUGUAUUUGGUGAAAUCAAAGGACUACAAAUGCAGCAAAGUCUCAAAGCUCUUUGGUGGAGAUGUCGGUGCUGAACUCAAGCCGGAGAGAAGGCCGGGAAAAGGUACGGUGGUCGUCAACACGCUCACAUACGGUCUCUUUAACGUUGGACCAUUUGCCUUUAACCCGACUUGCCCCAAAUGAAGAUGAUUUGAUGCUCUAGUUACUUUCUUGAUUUCGUCAUGUUCAAAAGAUUGAGACUUGAGAGAGUGUGUUAUUGUGCGUUGGAAUUUUAAUUAAUGUUAGCUAGUCUUUAAGUUAAAUGCUUGGGGUUUAUGUGAUGUAUCUCUUUUAAGUGACGUUGUUUAAGUUUCGUUUGAAUAAAAAUAGCAGCUUUCA